UGCAAACAAGAUAAUCGCAAUUUAUUGCAACAGAUUUCUGAAGGAAAAAGCGAAACUGGUUUAUAUUUAUAUUCUACAAACACGAGAGCACACGUUAAAAGAAAGUUGAAUUGGCAGUAAAAGGUGACGACGCAAGCAAGACGAAAAAAAAAUUAUCUACGUAUACGUAAAAAAUUUAAAGACAAUUAAGUUUUUGAGUCCGACGCCGCUACCGCAAUGUCAUGCCGUGCAUCCUUUCAAGAAGAUGAAGAAUACGAGCAGUUGCGCCGCCCGAAUCCUGGACCAGGUGCAGUUAUUCCUAUCGUACCACAACUGGCUCCAACUCUGCCUCUAGAGCAACACCUAUUUAAUGAGUUUGCCCCUGUUGGCUAUGCUCCUGCUGCAUUUACACCAGGUCCUCCUGUUAUUUAUGCAGCUCCUUCACAGCCACCAAUUAUGGCCGACUUGGCAAGUGGUUUUGGGCACUCUAAGCUAUCGGCUAGUGCAGCUGAAUAUAUACCUAACCAAUCGAAUAACACUAACAUGGGUAAGCGUGGACCGCCACCACAUCAACAGCCAUAUCAGCAUCAUUCGUCAGGUCCAACACCUUAUGCAGUACAACACCAACAGCGUUAUUUGAAUGGUCAUAAGCAGCAGCAACAGCAUCAGCAUCAGCAGCACAAAAAUUAUAAUCACCACCCACAAAAUCAGCAGUAUAACAAUGAUAUGCAAAAGCUGUCCAACUCAGUGCAAGCUCGUCUGCAUAUUGGCCACCCACCGCAUAAUGGUGCAAUGAGCAAUUACUACCAACAGCAGCAGGUACAAACACUGCAACACCAACAGCACACACAACAAUCACAAUCGAAAUUUCAACACCAUCCGCACUUAAAUAAUUCAUUCCAACAAAUUGCACAACAGCCGCCGCAACAGCAGCAAUAUUUCCACCAACAACCACAACCAUCGACUUCAUCGGCUGCCGUUUCGACUUCGUCGGCCUCUUCUCAUCCUGACAUGGAAACCAUUGCUUUGGAAUAUCUCGAUACUGUAAUACAUUGCCUUAACCAGAAUCCCGGACAAUUUGAUACAAUUGCAUCACGUUUCCUAACAAUCUUUGACGGCAUGGAGAGUAAUAACUAUGUACUCUCGAUUGCCAUGGAAGAUAUAUUUGAAAAGUCAAUCGAGCAACCCAAUUUUAGAUAUAUGGGAGCCAAAUUGUAUAACCUGUUGCAUAUGCUCAAUCUCAAACCGGAUUCCUUAUUUCACACGCUGCUUAAAUGUAAGCUGGACUAUCACCGGGCAGAAGUCGACAAAUAUAUGCAGUCGAUAGAACAACAGCAAAAAGUCAGAGAGACAGCCCUCUUUCUUGCUGAAUUGUACAUGCAGUUGCGUGGAGACGACGACGCCCGUAUCCAACUAAUUGCCGUUAACAUAGUAUACUCGUUGAAAAAGCUUUUAGCAUACGAGAGUUCUGAAAAUGUGCGCUGUAUUUGCCAGACAUUGAAGUUGGCCGGUUACGAUCUAAGUGCAGAUUGCAAAGAAGACAUGCAAUUUAUUAUUGCCUCAUUACAGGCUUUUGAAUAUAAGUCGCCUGGUAAAUAUGCUAUGGUUGCAAAUGUCAUAGCUUUGCAACAAAAUAAUUGGGGACGAAAAGUUUCGAAUGCUCUAGGUGGAGAUGACGAUUCAGUUGCAAAGCCACCAGAGCCACCACGCUUGAGCGAUGAGCCCGUGUUUUAUGGCCCAGAUGGGCGUGAGCUUACAGCAGAGGAAACUGAUUUUCUAGCCGCUGAAGACGAUGAUGCCACCGGAAGCGACGGCGACGAAUUUGAUGUAAGAGAUACUGAUUUGGAUCUCGACCCGGAAAUGGACGAAGAGACUGAGCGUGCUUAUAAGGACUUUUGUAAACAAGGAAAACAACUGCAGGCAAACAAGAAAUCUUAGAUUUUGUAUGUGUUAAAACUGCGUGGUGUUGAUUUGGCGUGGCAGUAAGGUUACAUUUUAAGUAUACUCACAUAUUCAAGGGGGAUGUCUGACAAAUUAUUGGU